AUGGACGACAAGUUCGACGUCAAUGACCUGUUGCGCGAAUUGAGCGCUGACAGUGAAGACUUCGAACCGGACCAGGGCCAAGCAGCAGCUCUGGAGGAGGAGGAGGAAGAAGAGGAAGAAGAAGAAGAGGAAGAGGAGGAAGAAGUUGAGGAGUCUGCUGGAAGUCGAAGUCGAAGGAGAUCCAGUGCAGAGUCCAUCGCAUGGCAACCUUCUGGAUCAGGACAAAGCAGCAGGGAUGUGAGCUCCCGCAGGAUUUCCAAGGAGGACCACCGAGCUUUGCUGGCAGGCCUUGGACUGGAAGGCAACUCCCCCAGCGGAAGCGACUCAGAGGUGGCAGCACCCUUCCAUGCUGGAACGGCUGCGCUUGGCACAGGAGGUGCAGUCGCUUUGGCUGCAGAAGCCCUUGCAACACGUGCGGAUGUGGCGCAUGAGGCUCGAAGAGUCGACCCCCGAAAGUCGGACCGGGCUGCGACCUCCGAGGCGCCAGAUGCAGCCAGCCUGCGAAGACAUGCUACGAUGUUGGAGUUGGAGGAGGAGGCAGCGGUGACUCCAGUGGAGGAGAUUGAAGAGGUUCACAAAGCUCAAAACGCGGCACACGGAGUUGAGACUGGACGCCUGCGACAUGCGACUUUGAUGGAUCUGGAGGAGGUGGCCCAAAACCCCGGUCCUGGCAGCGCGCCGUGCCUCACAACACCCUCGGCGUCGGAAGCGUCGGAGACAGCCUCCAGGCAUCGAGAGAAUCCUUCUAAGGAGCACAGCGUGGCGGCCCACGCGAGGUGUGAAAGGGACAGUGAUAUCCGGUCGAUCACUUCAUCGCUGGAUUUCUUGCCUGGAGCAGAAACCGUGCCCAAGACACCUUUGGCACGACCCAACGGCGCCAAAGGCGACUUGACGUUGCCGAGAACCACAGGACCCACAGGACAAUCAGUCAGCAUGGCCAGCGGGCAUGUGCGUGCCCACCAGCGCCUUAGCCCCCGCUGCUCCCCACGCCUGGCACAGAGCGCCUUCAGCGCGCAGGAAGCCGCCGGGCUCACGCCGCGAGGCUCUAAGCACGAAGACAGCGGCUUGCCACUUGGACUCGAGGGCGGGCCCGAGGAGGAUCGGGAGAUGGACCAGCAUGAUGUUGCCGUUAAUGAGCAUGUAUUCAUGUCAGGUGAAACAGAUGCGGUGGGUUUGGCCUGCAACUCCGUGCUGGGGGACAAGUAUCGCCGGGUGGGCGGCUGCGUUGAGAAAGGCGGAUGUGCCCCUGUGACUUCAGAGGAAAAAAACCGCGUGGUGGAGACUGCUGGAUUCAGAGGCUAUGUGGACUGCGAAGGGGUUGGCCCCGGCUGCGCACCGAAUCUGGGUGGUGCGGAGGAUGUGCCGAGUCCACAAGUCGAGAGCCCACGAGAGAAGCAAGUGCCUGGCACCGCUUUGUCUUCCAUCCAUGUGGCCCUGGCCAAGCUCCACCGACCGCCUCGACCCAGAUGCAGUGCACGGGCACAGCGUGCCACUUGGCCACCUGUGGAGGCAAGUGAGGCGCCAAGGCAAAGUCCUGCAAGUCGACUGUCUGGUCGACUCCAGGCGCCAAGGGGAGCUCCACGCCUACGUGGCGUGCGACCACCUUCCCAUGGCGUGGGGCAAGAUACUCCGCUGCCAGAGGUGUCCCCUAGUGAUAUCGUCUUGGAGGAACGUGGAGGUUUGUCCAUUCCGGCUCACUCCUCUGCGGUGAAGACAGAGGACUCCGCCUUGGGCGCCUUGGGCGCCUUGGGCGGUUUGGCGGCCACACGGCAGAAGGUCUUGAUGCUGCGGGAGCAGGUGGGGGCGCUGGCAGCCUAUUGCGACCGCUUGGAGCAUGCUACGGGUCUGGCAGAUGGAUGGCAUGGCAAUGGCUUGUUGCCCUUAGGUCCAGCCCACACUGCUGCAAUGACGCAAGCGGCACAGCAGCUUUCGAUUUGGGCCGCACCGUCCCAGAGCGGGACGCCGCCAGCGGAUGAUGCGUCCAGGAGAGAAAUGGCGAGUUGGUUGGCAGACUUGACAAAGACUUCAAGUUCUCAAUCAGUCACAAGCCGAUUUGGUCCCGAUGAGGGCGCUGGACCCGCAUUGCGGCAGUCCACGGAUCCCUUUGCCGCGUUGUCGUUCUGCGACCUGGGAGACCUGGGAGGCUACUUGUGGCCCGAGGACCUCUCCAGAUUUACCACUCCCAGUCAUUCUGGCUGGGCUGUGCAAACGCCCGCAUGUUGAGAGCCCGUUUUGAGCAUCAGCCAUUUGCUUCUGCGAUGCUGGGGGUUGUGAACCCGGCCGUAUUUCAGUAAAAAACACGUUACAAGUCUCGAUCUUUCGAAGUGCAGCAGAAGGUGAUAAAGUGAUAAACUCAGCGCGACAACAUGUGGCUCUUGCAGCCGUACAAUGUUGGAAGCCAGGACCAAGAUCAGAA